GGGAUCUAGAUUUCCGGGAAGUACCCAUACAGAGUCAUGCUAAGCCGUUUCGGGUCUAAGUAGAUAUUGCGUGAUCGACCUUCUUCAAGGCGAAUUGCAAAUCCAACUUCAUCCACGGCCAGAGCCACGGUCACCGACAACCGUGCCGUAAAAAAUGGCCGCGAUGAAAAGUGUAUCCCGUACUCGACCGCCAGGUAGGUGUGUUUUCUCAGUUCCACGUCUGUUCCUACUGUCAUUUUUGUACCUGAUGCCCGGUACUGCUUGUUCGCGCGCUCCUUGCAUUCAGAGACAGCGACUGCCCUGACCAGGUCUCGGUUUCGUCUGAUUGACCAAGUGUCUGACCUCUCUUUGAAAACGUGGGCUUGUUCCUGGGAUUCACAGAGCCCAAUCUGAUUUUCAACUCAUUUUUAUUUUGCGUCAGCCCGGGUGCGGUGUAGAUAUUCAGCCCUUCCAGAAGUCUGCUCAAUUGGGUAAUUCGCUGCGAUGCAACUGAAACAACAAGAAAGUGGUGGAGGUGCUCUUGCGAACCAGAUGACCAUGCCUGCGUCCAAGACAGAACGCGCCGAGUUCACCAAGCAGUCGGCGAGCCUGCCGUUCGGCCAGCCCGUAGCGCUGAACUCGAUAUCGGGUCCUACCUACGUCACGGGUCAACUGCUCGUCCAGCAGGUCGCCUACAAGCUUUCUGACAAGAUCUUCUCGUACUCUCCCGAGACAUUCGAUCUCGAUGUUGCUGUGAAGGGUUGGUCCAAGGAGGAAGAGAAGAACAUCCAUGGAUAUACGACGAGCGUUGUGUCCCUCCAGACUCGUACUGGGGCUGGUGCUUUCGCGCUGGGCUAUAUCUUCUCGAACGACUUCGACUUGAGCAAAAGACAUGUCCCGCAGACGCUGUUGGCACCCUCUCUGAGCUUGCGCCAUCUGCGCAACUCUUUGGACCAGCUUGCGUUGCUCUACGGAGUCGCAAGCCCCUUUGUUGCGCAUGUCGCUGCUGCGGACUAUUCUGCGAAUGCUGGCUUCGUCACUGAAUACGGCACCGCAAUGCAGCUUUCUGAGGAACUUGGGCUUGGACUCGUAUCAAGCUCGUCGCCGUAUGACACCCAGCACAUGUCAAUCUUUGCCACUUUGAUGGCCAAGAUUAUCCCGACUCUCCACAUCUAUGAUGGCGUGCGAACCUCCCGGGAGACCGUGCGCGUCAUUGACGUCUUGGGCGAAGUUGGCAUCACAGAGGUCUUUAAUGACGUGUCCAAGGUCGCAGAUGUCUUGAACAAGCGCCUUGACUCGGCUGGCAAAAUCGUGGAACUUCUUAAAGCUUUCAACGGAGAGCUGGGCACGGAUUACGAACUCUUCGAAUACAGCGGUCAUGAGGCUGCCGAGACCGUUUUUGUGGUCUUCGGUAGCGCCGAGUCUCAACUUGCCAAGCAGGUUAUUGGCCACCUGGCAGCCAAGGGCGUCAAGGUCGGUGCCGUAAGCGUACGAGUCUAUCGGCCUUUCGUUGAGGAAGCCUUCCUCAAUGUUCUUCCUGAAUCGGUGAUGAACAUCGCUGUUCUUGGCCAGGUCAGCGACGAGCUUGCUGUUGCCGAUGCUGCUGUUCAGUCUUUGCUCUACUCAGACGUUUUGACCUCGGUGUCUUUCUCGAGCAAGUGGCCGUCGGUUCCCAGAGUGGAAGAUAUGAAAUACGCUGCUGCCGAGGUCUUCACCCCCACCAGCUUUGCUUCGACCGUUCUUAAGAUCGCCACCAAAGACAACCCCACUGGCAGUAAGCUACAACUACCCCAACUCGAGAACGCCGGUCAGUACAUCUUCUGGGACGUCGAUGACUCCGUUGCCCUCUGUGCCCCCGCCGUUGUUGGUGGCUUGCUAUCGAAAGACUCGACCAACAACAUAUACCUCGAUGAGUCUCACGACAAUUUGGUCCAGGGAGGCGUUGUGCGUACCGACUUAAGAAUUUCAAAGAACGCUAUUGAUGCUCCUUAUGCUAUUGAGGAGGCCGAUGUUGCCUUUGUUGUCGAGGAGAAGUUGCUGAAGGAAGUCUCGCCCUCCCAAAGCGUCAAGUCUGGAGGCACGUUAUUGCUGAAGCUCCCGAACUUCAAGGAAGAAGAUAUCGAGAAGCGAAUCCCGUCCCACGUUCGCAAGGAAAUUUACUCCAAAGGCAUCGAGCUCUAUAUCCUUGACUCGAGCUCGUCACCUGCAUUUGAGACUGAUGCAAGUGCUGCCAGGCUGCUGGUUGAGCUGGCCUUCCUCAAAGUUGCCCGCCCCGGCACCAAGCAUGAGGUUAUGCUGAGACUUGGCCAAAUGGAAGGCAACACUCCAACUGUCGAAGAAUGCAUUGACGAGCUGGACAGGAGCUUGAUGAAAUUCGAGAUUCCCGCGACGUGGGCCGAGGAGGCCUCCGCGCCUGUGCUGCCCGUAACACUCAAGACGAACAGUUUCGUUCCGUUCGAGAAGCAAGAGUCAGAGCAAGACCUCCAAAUCAGCGACUGGCAGGCGGCAGCCAAAGGUCUCGUUUUUAAGGAGGCCUACGCCACCCAGACCACCUUGCGGCCCGAUCAGACUGUCAAGACUUACACAAUCCAUGUCAAGGAGAACCGCCGUCUUACUCCAGCCACAUAUGACCGCAACAUCUUCCACAUCGAGUUUGACCUUGGAAACUCGGGCCUUACCUACAAGAUUGGCGAGGCUCUCGGCAUUCAUGCGGACAAUGAUCCUGAAUUGGUUGAAGAAUUCAUUAACUCUUACGGCCUCAACGCGGACGAGCUUGUGCUGGUUCCAACUAGGGAUGGAAAUGCCUUCGAAACUCGGACGAUCUUCCAGUCUUUGGUGCAGAACAUUGACAUCCUCGGAAAGCCACCUAAGCGCUUCUACGAAUCUCUUUCCGAGUUUGCGACCGACGAGUUGGAGAAGAAGAAGCUGGCUUCUCUUGGCGCGCAAGAGGGAGCUGACGAGUUUAAGAGACGCAACGAAGUCGAUACUGUUACGUAUGUCGACAUCCUGGAGGAGUUCAAGUCGGCUCACCCGAGUUUCUCCGACCUAGUGCGUAUUGUUGGUCCAUUGAAGCGUCGUGAGUAUUCGAUUGCUUCCGCUCAAGCUGUUUCCCCAAAUGCGGUUGCACUCAUGAUUGUUGUUGUCGACUGGGUUGACACCAAGGGUCGAACACGCUACGGUCAAGCCACCCGCUAUCUCAGCGGCCUACCGGUUGGCACUGCUAUCACCGCGUCAGUGAAGCCUUCGGUCAUGAAGCUCCCGACACGCGACGAUGCGCCCCUCAUCAUGGCUGGUCUUGGUACUGGUCUGGCCCCCUUCCGUGCCUUUGUUCAGUACCGAGCCAUGCAGAAGGCACAAGGCAAGGAGAUCGGCGCCAUCCUUCUCUACCUCGGCUCUCGUCACAAGCGCGAAGAAUACCUGUACGGCGAGGAAUGGGAAGCCUACCUCGACGCCGGCGUCAUUACCUUGCUCGGUGCUGCAUUCUCUCGCGACCAGCCGCAGAAGAUCUACAUCCAGGACAGAAUGCGGCAGACCAUGAACAACAUUGUCAAGGCCUACAUCACCCAGGAAGGGUCUUUCUACCUGUGUGGUCCGACCUGGCCUGUACCUGAUGUCACGGAGGUGCUGCAGGAGGCUAUUGAGACGGAGGCGAAGAUGAGCGGGCGUAAGGUCGACUCGAAGAAGGAAAUUGACAAACUGAAGGAGGAUGGACGAUAUGUCUUGGAGGUCUACUAGAUUUGACUUGAGCGAUAACAUAUGCCACUUUUUAAUAUGAAUGAAAAUUUUUGUUGGUUGACUAGGAAACUUGAAGAACAGAACAACAUUGCAGUUUGCUAAGACGCAGUAGAUACUAAACAUCUAGC